AUGAGACAACGUUACUGUCAACAAAAAUUCAAACAACAGUUCAACACACAAACACGUUAUACAGAUGAUCAGUGGCAGCCCCUCUGGCUUUGGAAGCGACACAACACUGAACAGCAACACAAUCUUAACUCCUUUACAGGCGUUUGGGGUGGACAAUUUCACAUUCAUCAAAUAGUGAUGAUUUAUGAUCAAAAAUGUACAAUCGUUCCCGGGCUCGACCUUUUACAAGCAACAAUAUUAGAAAUACAAUAUAGUCACGAACCACAACGUUGUUUGGUGAAAUUAGAAUAUGAUCAAACUGAGUUAUAUGCUGAAUCUAGUGCCAUAUUUCAAAUGCCAUUUCAAGGUUUAGAAGAUGAUGAUAUGGAUCAUGAUAAACCAGCAUGUUUGAAACGUAUAAAGUCAAUGAAAAGUAAUCCAUCAUUCAUUAUGAACAACAACAAAUUAACAGCACUGUCGGAAUAUUUAGAUGAUCAACAAUCAGAAGAUGGAUCAGAAUCUGAAGCAGGUGAAGAAGAUGAAGAAGAAGGAUUCUCAAAAACAAAUUCCAAAUCCAUAACAUUAGUGAUAACGCCAGCAACACGCAAACAACGACAACGACAUUCAUGGCUCCAAAAACCAACACAAAAAGCUGUUGAACAACAGUCAACAAAACAAUCUUCAGUUUUAGGUACUGCAAACGACAUUUCAUCUGAUCCGAUUGCACAGAAGCCUCGAAUGUCCUCCAAACAAACAACGUAUUUAUUCACUGGGCCAAAUUUAAAAUCUUCACUGGGUGGUAGUUGGAUACUAAAUACUCGGGUUUUAUUGUCAUUGUUGCUAUUGUCCAUAUUAGGUGGUCGAUUGUUACGGAGUCCCACACAAUCGAUAGCUGGUGAUUCUGAACAUCUUGUUCAUUUAAUUUUGGUCGUUAUUCGCGUGGCAAUUAAGUUUAGACAUGCAAAACAAGAUGAUGGUUUUUUCGGUUCUAGCAAUAUUAAAGAUACAUUUGGACAUUGGGAUUGGCUAUGGCCGUAUAUGGUGCCAUAA